AUGUCGGAUCUCAAGGCCACGGUAGCUGAAACCACAAACGGCUUUCACGUUGAAGGGUAUGAGAAGAUCGAAUAUGACUUCACCUUUCUUGACGGCGUUUUUGAGCUCUCGAGUUUGCAGCUAGCAAAGCUAUACGAGAAAUGGGGCCGCUGUCUAGCCAUCAUGGAUAAAAACAUCUAUGAGUUGUAUGGACAGCAGAUGCAGAAGUAUUUCGAUCAUCAUGGCAUCGAAUUGAAGAUUCACCAGACAAUGAUCGGAGAAAAGGCCAAGUCAUUGGAUACAUUCACCAAUAUUGUGGAUUCAAUGACGGAUUUCGGAAUCAUUCGCAAGGAGCCUGUCUUGGUUGUGGGUGGAGGACUGGUCACCGACGUUGCAGGAUUUGCCUGUGCCGCUUAUCGUCGCAACACCAACUACAUUCGCAUCCCAACAACCGUCAUCGGCCUGAUUGACGCCAGCGUCAGCAUCAAGGUAGCUGUGAACUAUGGUAACUACAAGAACCGACUCGGUGCCUACCAUGCACCCAUGCACACGCUUCUUGAUUUCGGAUUCCUGAGAACCUUGCCCGAGGCUCAAGUUCGAAACGGCUUCGCCGAGCUGAUCAAGAUCUCGAGUUGUGCUCACUUGCCAACAUUCGAUUUGCUCGAUGAAUUCUGUGAGCGGUUGAUCAAGACCAAGUUCGGGCGCUCUUCCGUCCAAGAUGGAGAGAUUAAGAAAGCUGCGGAUGAGAUCAACCGGAAUGGUAUCUUUGAGAUGCUCAAGUUGGAGACUCCCAAUCUGCAUGAGAUUGGUCUUGACCGGGUCAUCGCCUAUGGCCACACAUGGUCUCCUCUCCACGAGCUCGCGCCACCAGUUCCUCUUCGCCACGGCCAUGCCAUCUCGAUAGACAUGGCUUAUUCUGCCACCCUGGCCAACGACCGCGGCCUUCUCAGUGACGAAGAGCAUCGGAGAUUGUUAGCCCUGUUCUCUCGCGCGGGUCUCUCUAUGGACCAUGAGCUCUUCAAUGAGGAGAUUCUCGACAAGGCCACACAGGCUAUCUUGAAGACUCGAGACGGACUGCUGCGCGCAGCGGUGCCAAGUCCUCUGGGUAGUUGUGAAUUUUUGAAUGACGUUGCCAACGAAGAGAUGAUUCGUGCGCUCCGCCGUCAUAAGAAUCUCAUGAAAGAGUACCCGCGACGAGGUGCUGGGGUUGAGGCAUACGUGGAUGCCAGUGAUACUGGCUAUACCGUUAACCAGCAGCACGAUGUCCCUUCUUUGCAUGCGCAGGCAUCGAGUGCCGAAGGAUCCAAGAAGCACAUUCUAAACAAUGGAGUCUUGAACGGGCUGAAGGGAAUUGCUAUCAACGGUCAUGCCCCGGAGCUGCCUACACUUGAGCAGAGGUGA